GCGUGCCAAUCAGCACACCGGUAGCACGCUGACCCGGAAGCAGAAGUGUCGCUGGCAGAGCGGACCUGAGGCGGGACCAUGAACAUCUUACCGAAGAAGUCGUGGCACGUGCGGAACAAGGACAAUGUGGCCCGCGUGCGGCGGGACGAGGCACAGGCGCAGGACGAGCAGCGACAGCGGGAGGCCCGGGCCCUGCUGGCCGAACAGGAGGCACGGACCGAGUUCCUGAGGAAGAAGGCACGGGUGUCUGCCCUGCCAGGACCCGAUGGCGGCUCAGCACUGGCCCCCAGUGGCGAUGAAUCACGCCACGUCGACCUCUUCCGGGACCUGGAGGAGGGCAAGGGCUCCAAGGCCGGGAACAAGGAGUACGAGGAGGAGAAGCGCAGGGAAAAGGAGCGGCAGGAGAAGGCUAUCGGGCUGCUGACCUAUCUGGGGCAGAGUGCGGCCGAGGCCCAGACCAGCCGGCCGUGGUACCAGGAAGUCCCCGACCGCAGCCGGGAGGCAGAUGUGACCACCCAGGAGCAGCUGAAGGGCAGACUGGACCCGCUGCGGGAGAUGGAGAGGCACCUGCGCAAGAAGAAAGGGGAGGGGAAGAAGCGCAAGAAGGAGAAAGAGAAGCCAGUAGGGGAGAAGAAGGCAAUGGGGUGCUCUACCCCCGUCUCCCUGGAGCAGCUGCGGCGGGAGCGGCUGCAGCGGGAGCAGGCCGAGCGAGCCCGGGCUGAAGCCCUGCUGGCCGGGCAGCAAGGGGAACCCCAACGCAAAGAGGAGGAGGAGCUGGAUGACAGGAAACGCCGCUACAACUCCCAGUUCAACCCGCAGCUGGCGCGCAGGCCCCGCAGCUGGGACGAGAGGGAGCAGCGCUGAGCCCUGCCCGUGCCCCCUAAAGUGGUGGCCGAAGCAGCAGGCCCUGGGCACAGAGAUUCCUGCACCAGGGGUCACACGGCAGGUGGAACAGGGACACUGGCAUCACAGCAAGGCAGCCAGCGUGUGGGAUCCCUCGGCUGACUUAGGGGAGAGAGACACCCUGUGCUGUCCUCUCUGCCGCCCCCUCAGCCAUGAAGUUUGGCAUGGGGGUGGCACUCAGAGAGCGAGAACCCUCCUUGCUCUCAUAGGAGGGUGCUGGCUGCUCCGCUGGGGCCCCAAGCUGGUCACUCGUCUCUUAGCGCCUGGUGUUAUUAGCGGCAGCGGGUAUCAGGGUUACCUGACCGCCCCACAAGGCAGGAGCCUGGCUGCCAAUAAAAGGCAGUUGUCUGUCUUCACUCAUUUACUCACGGGACGGGGGAAAGCUUGGAUAGGAGCAAGCACAGAAGGGAAAACUCAGGCCCGGACUCCUGGGUUCCAGCUGCAGAGGGGUGCUGGGAGUCAGGACAACUGGGUUCUAUCCCUGGCACAGGGACCAGGGGCCAAUGGGUUCAGUGGGGGAAGGGGGGGGGCCUAGCCCCGUGUCAGGGAGUGGAGUUGGGUGUAGGGACUCCUGGGUUUGCUUGCUGGCUCUUCGGCAGGGGGAGAUGUCAGGACACCUGGGUUCCAAUUUCCACUUCUGCCUCUGAUUUCUUAUGCCCCCCCAACAGCUCUCUUCCCCCCCCCCCCCGAGUGCUCACUGUACCAUGGCUGCUGGGGAGGCCCAACCCUUUAGCCCCAGAGGUGAACAGCACCUGCCGCAAGGUGUGUCUGCCCCUCUGCUGAACCCCACCCAGCCCACCCUGGAAUCCUUCAUGGCCCGCACCUGGAUGGUAGAGGAUUGUGGCUUGUCUCCCUGCACAGGGCAAAUGCACCAGGCCAGCUCCCUGUGCUGUCCACAGGGCCAUCAUCUGACAGGGGAAACUGAGGCAUAGGCAGCCCUGGGAAUAGCAGCCCAGGCUCUCCAGGCCUUGGAUUGGUCCCCACAUGGCGCUGGGGUCCUUCUCUCUCCCCCUUACCAGCCAGCCUGCAGCAGGUGGUGUGGCUGCAUCAACUCCUUUUGCUGGGCCCUGCCCACCCCACAGGGGGAUUUUCCCAGCAGCCAAUGGGGGUAUGACGGGGGCAGGGGGGCUUUUAAGCCUAAAGCAGAGCAGGCGGCAGGGAAGGUCCUGCUCUGGGCCUGAGAGCAGGGAGGGGCUGAGCUUGACCCCAGAGCCAGGCAGGGUCCCCCCAUGGAACAUACCAUCCAUCAGCUCCUGCAGAGGGCAGGGGAUCCCCCAUCCCAGCCGGUCACUGACUGUGCAGGGAGGGAGGGCUUGGGAAGAGUCCCAGCAAACUCUGGCACAGUCGUGAAAUCUCACCAACCCCUCCUCCCCCAUCCACUUGCCAAGGUAUUUUCAGAAUAAAGACAAACCAAAACAAAGUCUGGGACAAAUCUGAGUGUCUGUCUGCGUGUGUAACUACAUCCCCAAGGAAAAAAUGGCACCGGACUAGGGCAGCGGCAGACGUCGCUCUAACCACCCGACUCCCCUCCCCGAGCCAGGGAGAGAACCCAGGAGUCCUGGCUCCCAAGCCCCUGUCACUCUAACCACCCAGCUCCCCUGCGUCUCUAGCUAACCGUGCAGCAAGGAGUGUCU